AAUUCAAUGCACAUGCUGCCCACUUCACACAGUACAGCUAGACGUAUCGAUAACACCACUGCUGUACCUAUGUGUGUGCAAUCACCUCUCAGGGCCAGACCACGAUCUCAACAUGUCUCGAUCAAACAGCACAGCUGACUACUCAAUGAAGUACGAGUCGCCCUAUGAGGUUGAUAAUCCCCAAAGUCUACCAAAACCUCGAAAACGCCGCAAUUCGAACCAAGAAUCUCCUGAAAAACGACAGAGAAUCGACGAUGAUGAUGGCAGACCUCUCGUUACGCCCGAAUUUGCUGCGCUUGUCUCUCAGACUGCCAUCUCUGUAGGAGGAAGUUCUGCGCAAUUUCUUGCAGCGAACCACGGAACCAGGGCGGACAUGGCGAAUUUGGGACAAAAUGGAGCCGUAGAAGAUGCCGUGGCGUACGACCCCUAUUACAACAUGCGGAUCUUAAGUCUACCCAUAUUGGAAAGUCUGUCAGUACAAAUUCUGUCCACCCUGACUGAAGGAUCCUAUUAUACGACUGUGAACGGAAUAGCAGACCAGACCUCUGAAUUCUACCAAGCCCAUGCGACUCUGGUGUCACUUUUUGACCAGACGAAGAAGAUAUAUUCUACCGACGCAACAUUUCUCUCCGCACAAAAGCUCGGCAUCGCAGAUCCCGAGCACAAAAAUCUUAUUCAUAUGACAAAUGUAGCGACUUAUGUUGCCUCUGUCUUUGGAGGGACUCUUGGGCUAGGUGAUCUGGAUGAAAACUUCCUAGAGACUUUUGCUCCAGAAGGAGCAGUCCUUGACGACGAACCCAGCAAGCUUCUCUUGAACUUAAAGACACAGAUGUACUUAUCUUCUGUCUCCCAGGAAGAACAAGAAGAUGCAAAAGAAGAUCUUCUAGAAAGAUACUUGUCUCCGGGAGCGCUACGCACAACUUUAGCAGAUCGACAUCUGCACAUUCCCCUAAGUGAGUCCGAGGUGCGAUUUCUCGACGAAUGCAAGGAGCGGGUAGACUACCUCACAAGGUCUGCAAAUAAUAUUGAAACAACCCAACGGCUCAUGACAGAAUUUCCCUGGGAAGGCUUCUUAAUACAACUUCGUGAAUAUAUACACAAGGAGCCCCGCACCGAACCUUAUGUCAUACGUCAUGCCCUGCCUAAGCCCUCUACGCCUUCUCAAACCCCAAAUGGAUAUCAGGCCGAUCAAUCAGGAAAUCAUUUCAUAACAGACGACUUCACGGCACAGAUCAACAGUGCAGCACAGACAGCCCUCAGCCGUAUUGGUGUGAACAACCAAGGGCCUCUUGAUAAUGGCCAAGCACAACCACAAAACAAUGGUUAUUCAGUCCAUACUAAUGCCCACACUCAUCAGCCAGAGUCGACGAAAGCAUUGUAUGAUAAAGCUCGCCAAGCAGCUGCUGCCAAGUCGAAUCCAGGAAAUGCUCGGAUUCGGCCUGGGAUGCCCAGUCAGCGACGACCUUGGAGUACUGCAGAGGAAAAUGCAUUGAUGGCUGGCCUUGAUCAAGUCAAAGGUCCACAUUGGAGUCAGAUUUUAGGUCUAUAUGGAUCCGAGGGAUCGAUUAAUAAUGUUUUAAAAGACCGGAACCAGGUCCAGUUGAAAGACAAAGCAAGAAAUAUCAAGUUAUUCUUCUUGAAGAGUGACUUCGAAGUACCAUCGUACUUGCAGCAGGUCACGGGCGAACUGAAGACGCGGGCACCAACUCAGGCAGCUCGAAGAGAAGCAGAAGAGCGAGCCCGACUCGCUAGUGAUGAUGAGCGAGCUCGACUCGACGGCAUUGGCAUUUUGGCUGGUGGAAUGCAGAAUCAAGACAAGCCUGAUAGUCAGACUUCCUCCCCGUCCCGGUCCAUGUCACUACCAGAGGAUGGACCCGAAGAGUUUCAGGUUGUCGAGCCAGAAAAUGAACAAUCCUCGAUGCCAACAUCUCAAUUUGAACCGGACGAACAACUCCGCCAGGCUCUCCUGGGAGUAACGCAGACUAUCCUCGCCGGAAGUUCAUGAUAUUCGCAACGCCGAUCAAGUCGUGUAAUAGUGAAGUGUGAUAUGCACAGCUCGUUAGUUUUGGAACUGCAAAAUGCACAACCAACUCAUGGUCACGAUUGGGUCACAAAUAUUUUGUAUGCUAUACCCCUUUUGCAAACUGGCAUCUGGCUGGCUUGGUUGUAAAGAAAAUCAAGAGUAUCUGGAAGAAGUCCGUAACCGAGGACUACUUCAGGUAUCUAUCUAGCUUAACGUCCUUGGAAUCAAGAGUCAACAAGCCCUUCUAUAUCUUCCAUUCAAUUGUGAUUAUGUGCUCAACCUUAAGAAACGAUCACUGUCGUGGGGAGUAGUAGUCUGAUUACAUGUAUCACAUGA